AUGUCAGCAACAUAUGGCUACCAAACCACUCCUCGAGAUGAUCCUCUGGUUCAAAUCGUAGAAAAUGCAGUGGCUAUUGGCUUUCAGGUGAUAAUCCUAGAGAGAGCAAUCUUGCUCAAAAUGUUCCCCUUCACUGACAUCCUGUACUCUGAUGUCGUAUUGACAUUACCUGACUGGUGCUGGGGAUUCUCAAUCAAAUGUGAGGCUCAAGCAUCAACCAAACUCAUGACUGAAAUGACAGAGGUGCCAUUUCGAUAUAUGAAACAGCAUAUGGCCGAAAACUUGGCCCUUGGUCAGUUUUCGAUGGUGGAAGAAAAUCUUCAAAGAAUGGACAAGCAAGAUCAGACAUCCAAACCAUUGUUUGAGGCUGCCUUAAAGAUAGCAGCUACUACUGCUAUUAUAGGUUCAUAUGAAAUGACUACUUCAGUCUUGAUAGCUUUUGCUCUUGCCAUGGCAUCUUACCUAGAUGUUCAAAAACACGCACAAGUGGAGAUUGACACAGUGGUUGGACAUGAUCCCCAGUGA